UUCUAUCGAAACACCGGAGGAAAAAAACCCGAAAAAAUCAUAUUUUACAGAGAUGGAUUGAGCGAAGGCGAAUUUUCUAAAGCGGUAAACAAGGAAUUGAUGCUAAUGCGCGAUGCCUGCGCAGAAAUGAAUCCUUCCGAAGUAUACCAACCGCCCAUCACUUUCGUCGUGGUGGGCAAACGACACCACACACGUUUCGUGCCAGAAAACUUGGAAGACGGAGUGGGAAAACACCGCAACAUUCCCCCGGGCACGACCGUGGAUACGACCAUCGUCCAUCCCACCCAAUUCGAUUUUUACAUCUGCAGCCACACCGGCAUCCAGGGCACCAGCAGACCCGCCCAUUACACUGUGCUGUGGGACGAUAACAAUUUUACGGCCGACGAGUUGCAAACCCUGUCGUAUUACUUGUGCCACACUUACGUCAGGUGCACACGAAGCAUUUCCAUCCCGUGCCCCGUUAUGUACGCGCAUCUUGCAGCAUACCGUGCCAAACAGCAUCUGUUGGCCAGAUGGGAGGAUGGAGGCAGGAACAACGAUUCCAAUUCUAAUCUCAAUCUUUCGAACGAACAGCUGUUGGACAACAGCUUCAAGUAUUCGGUCGAAGUCGAUCGCAAGAUCACAAAUACCAUGUAUUUCGUUUGAGUAUUCCUCGCGACGGCUGUCACGUAUGCCAUUCAUUCGAAUGGCAUUUCCUUGCAAAAUAUAUUUUGUUUUAAAGUCAAAAUUGUACAUUCAAAGUAUAAUUUAUU